CCCUCCGCCAUUCUCUGGCUGCUUCUACCCUUCUCCUCCUCCUCCUCCUCCUCCUCCUCCUCCUCCUCCUCCUCCUCACUCCCCCCUCCCGCGAUGGAAGCCUCCCCGGAGCUGCAGCGCAUCCUCGAGCGCCAGCGCAGCCAGGCGGGGGACGACGCAGACGAGGGCGCGACUGCUGCGGCCCCUGGCCGCGGGGCCGCCUCAGAGCUGCAGGCCGCGCUGGAGGAGGCGCGGGUGCUGCGGGAGGAAUGCGAGCGGCUGCGCGGCGGCUGCGGGCCUGCCGAGGAACUCGAGGCGCUGCGGUCGCAGCUGGUCGAGUCGAGGGCAGACGCCGCUGAGUCGCGGAAGGAGAUCUCCCUUCUGCGGCGAGAGCUCGGCGCGGCCAGCAAGGA